UGUGCUCCCACUGUCGAAUACCGUCCUACCACCUUAAAUAUGAAAUUGCAGCAAUAUUAAUAUCUUGUAUUAAAAUUUGCUGCACUGUCAUUCUUUACAUUCACAAGAUGGCGCUCCAACAGGUGGCGCGCACCCUAGGGAGGACCGGUUUGGCCAAGCUGCUGGAGAAGGUCCCCCGUCCCGCCGGCAUUGUGCUCCUUGAUUCUGCUCCUCACCUUGGAACAGCAUCAAACGGCGGCCAAUUGGAAGCCAGCAAUGCUGAGGCGUCCUUUUCUGGCGAGCCUGCAUUGCGGCCAGCAAAUGCUAGCGGUUUCUCCGCAUUCUCGGUAACGGUCUCUGCACAGCUCCGCACUUUUGCGUCGGCUGCGGUUGAGGAGGUGAGCGCGGCGGACGAUAAGGGAUCUGGUGAAAAUAGAGGCGAGGCACCCCAAGAACCUGAUGUGGGAGUCGCAGACAUGGGUGCUUCACCACCCAGCGACAAUUCUGUGGAGGGCAAAUCGGAGCCAGCAAAGACCGGCAGCAGAGCAACCAAACGGCGCAAGGCGCGCAGGAUAGCGAGACGAGCGAAGCAGGCGGAGAUCGAGGGGGGAAAACCGCCAAACUCUCCUGAUGGACGGCCAAAUUGGGGCAGGGAUAGUGCGGACAACAAGUACAGCAUGCGCGAAAAGAAGCGAACCGUGGGGCCCGCGAAAGACGCCCUUUUGCAGCUGAUCAGACAAGCGGCGCCUGAUGCGGACCUGGACGAGUUGCUCGCGGACGGGAAAGCGGGCAAGAACGAAAUCGACGGGAAGGUCGUCCAGCUGGCGUUGUACGGUCUGGCCAACGAGGGCGACACGAUUGGGUCCGGGCUCCCCCAUCUCGACGAAGAAAACGAGGAUGAUCGGGAAAGCAGUUCGAACAAAUUGGGUCGCUCGCUGAACCUGCUUGACUGGUGGCAACGGAAGGACGCGGACAACGAGGAGCAGGAAUGCGGCCCGAACGAUGCGCUCCGCGCGCUGAAUCUGUUUGAGUGGUGGCAGAAAAAGAAUGCCGGCGCGCCGCAGGUGUGGCUGCUGAACCCGCUGCUCAAGGCGCUGGCGCGGGGGGAGCACGACACGCAGAUCCAAGCGCUCUGGGAGACAUACAAAGCGAGCGCGAAGUACGACGACCGGCUGAUUGCGGACUUCCUGCAGGCGUUUUACAACCGGGGGAGGUUCGAGGAAGUGCUCGCGACGCACAAGGAAGUGGUGGACAAUAAGUGGACCGCGGUGCACAAGGCGAACGACUUUGCGCUGCUCGCGCUGCUCGGCCAGGGCGCGCCGGCGGACGAGGCGUGGCAGUUCUACAAGCAGUUUGUGGAGAAGUCGGGGCAGGGGCUGCACAAUCAGAGGUGCUUGGUCGCCUUGCUCGAGAGUGGGGUCUCGGUGGAGCAGAUCCGCUCGCUCGAGUACAAGGAACCGGACCGUGUGGCGCACCGGCUGAUCCAGGCGCUGUGCAAGAUGGGACGGCGGGACGAGGCGGGACUGAUCGUGAAGGAGCUGGUGGAAAGGGAACAGCCGGAGAUGCCGCUCACACCGCUCGUCUCGAUCCUAUCGACCAUGGUCGCGACCGGCUUCAAGGAAGAGGCGCAGAAGCUGGUGGACCUGCGGGCCCAGAAAAGCGGUUUGCAACUUGACCACGCGCUCGGGUACGUGAUCCGGAACCGCAAGAACGCGUGGUCGGGCGUCUCGGCGUACCGCGCGCUGAUGGAGCUGGAGGGGCCACACCGGAAGAGCCUCCCGGUGCAGGCGGCGAUGAUCGCGCACGUCUACUUCCCGCUCCGGAAGAUGGACGCCAUGCUUCGGGCGUACAAGCUCGGAAAGACUUUCGAAGGCCGGUUUCAUGCCGCUGUCGUUGGGAAGGUGAUAUACGCACUGGCCUUGGAGAAUCGGGCGGCAGAGGCGGAAACCAUUCUCGCGGAGUUUUAUGAGUCGAAGGAGGACGCGCCGAUGCACGAGACGCUCGGGAUGCUCCCGGAGAGCAUGUACCACAGGCUGUUCGAAAUGUACCUGCGAGCAGAGCAGCCAGACAAGGCCGUGAAUGUGGUUCGCGGCAUGGUCGAGCACAAAUACUACGUGAAGGAGGCUUCACUUAACAAUUGGGCCGAGCGCUUACGCAAUGCGGGGUUCGCCACGCAAGCCGAACAGGUCGAGAUUGCGGGGGAGGACAUGAAGGCGUACCGGCCAAAGUUUGAGCGUCCAGGGGAGCGGUAUAAGGGGCGGACGUACUUGCACAAGUCGAAGAACGGAAAGGUGACAGGGGGGAAGGAUGAGCGGGGCACGGAGGGGGGGGAGAAGGAGUCGAGCGCCGAAGGGGGGGAGAAAGAGGUGAGCGCCGAAGGGGGGGAGAAGGAUCAGGGCACCGAAGGGGAGGGAAAGUUGCAAUCAAUUGGGGUCCAGUAGAUAUGGAUGAUUGGGGAGCGAGAAGAAGAGUGCGGUGAAACCAGGGUCGUGUCGAUUGGGAGAAACCUGCAUCUGGAACGCGCACAGGGCGCCUGAUAUGCUUGGAGAUCGUGAUAGACAGAGAUGGGUUCCAGUUUGAGUCGGGGAGCAAGAACGGUUUUGGUGGACAAAUUGGACAUGCGCUAAAAGGUAUGCCAAAGAAGCAAAACGAUAUCGGGCUAAAAGAUGAAUAUUGACUGUCGACCGUGAGCUGCCAACCCGUUCGCUGAUGUGCAGCAGUACAGCUAGUCACUUACUCAUUGAGCCACUAGUCACAGGCAUGUGCAUAUUGGUUUGUAGAAUUCUUACAGUGAGACGGCAUGCGCGGGCUGUAAUCAGGCUUGCAGCACAUUGCGGACAGAUUGUGAAGGCCGUGCCCGCGCAUUGACUCCCGGAACUGCA